AAGCUGAAACCAAAACAUAACUGUAUUGGUUUACGUGCUUUUUUGCGAACAGCUCCGUCGUUGGAAGAUCAUCUAAGGAAAUAUCAGCUCUGCAAUGACGAUCUAUAAUUUAUAUAUUUUUGAUAAGCUUGGCACUUUGCUGUAUUACGGGGAAUGGAACCGUCUGAAGCAAUCGGGAAUCACAAAAGAUGAGGAGGCGAAGCUGAUGUACGGGAUGUUGUUUUCGAUCAAAUCGUUUGUCAGCAAAAUAUCGCCCAUCGAACCGAGAGAAGGCUUCUUGUAUUACAAGACGAACAAGUAUGCGCUGCACUAUCUCGAGGUUCCAUCUGGUUUGAAAUUUGUUCUAAACACAGAUAACACAUCCACGGGGAUACGGGAGUUUCUACAGAACAUUUACACGAAGAUUUGGGUUGAGUAUGUCGUAAGAAAUCCCCUGUGGACCAUCGGAACGCCCGUCACAUCGGAUAUUUUUAAGACAAAGCUGGAUGACUUUGUGAAGCAAUCACCACUGUAUGGUUCAAAGAUAAUUUAAUCAGUCAACCACUUUUGUAUGUUUUGGACGUGUACGGCACGUGCGCGUAUUACCGAGGACGGAUCAUUCGGGUUAGACGCACGCAAAUCAAUAUGAUGAGCACCUUCGGGAAUAAGCACUAUCUUGAUAUUGUCAUUGGUUGAACGCAAUACACCGCCUCCGGACCAAGGAUCUAGUAGCCCAUUGCUGAAGACGAUAUUCGUGAUGCUCCCUCUAAAAUAGAGAAAGGUUGAACCAAACGAUCGAGUUAUUAGUUUAUUAUGGUACACAGCCUGACCACCAAGUAACGAUUCAUAAGCUAAAUACUUUUGUUGAAGAUGGUAUGAUUAAGUUAUAAAAUAAAAUACUACGCGAACCUCAUCAGGCAGGUUUGCUACU